AUGCAGAUCGAAGCUGCCGAGGGUAUUCUGCAAACGGGUUUCUCCCCUUCGUAUCUAGGCAACUUUGUCUUUGGUUGUGUGGUGGUGGCGUCUCUCGCAUUGAACGUGAUCCUCAUCAUAAUCAUUUGCGACUACUACGGCAACUUUGACCCUCCGCUUUUCGACACGUCUGAGGACAAUGCUCUUGUGUUCAUUAUCGUGUGGGACAUCAUCUUCAACUUCUUCCGUGUCCGUGUGCCACUCGACAAGUGCGCGUUCGUCUACAUGCUCAAGCGUGACGAGACCGAGGUAUUGCUAGCUGAUCGAUCGGGUGUGUCGGACUUCGUAGCUAAAGUCGAGAGCUUCUUCACCUCCAAGGGAAAGAUCAGCGGAUACCGUACGACUGUUCCGGUGGUGGAGGUAGAUGGACUCCGAAUUGUCGAGUUCCAGCACACCCGAUACGUGUACGAGGAGACCGAACAGCGCUUUGUGCCUGGUGUCGUCGCACUCGGUCGCACCUACGACGACAUGCAACAAGAAGCCAGCGGACUAUCGGAUACCGAAGCGAGACAUCGGAUCAACACGGUCGGAUCGAACUCCGUUGACGUGGAGAUGCCGUCGCUGCCAGUGUCCAUGGCGCAGGAGUUCUUCACUCUGUUCUACAUCUACCAGAUCAUGUGCUACUACGUCUGGUACUACUUCACGUACUGGAACAUGGGGAUUGUCAUGACGGUCGUGGUGCUGGGUGCCGCCGUGGUUAACAUCUACACGCAGCGUCAGAUCCAGUCGUCGAUUGUCAAGAUGACCCGUUAUCGCACGGAUGUGACGGCGUUCCGUGCCGGUGAGUGGCGAGUGUUGUCCUCUCCCGAUUUGGCACCUGGUGACCUGGUGAAGGUAUCGGAGAACUGGGUGGUGCCGUGCGAUAUGGCCAUCGUGAAGGGCACGACGGUGUGUGACGAGUCCAUGUUGACCGGUGAAUCGAUGCCGGUGCAGAAGUUCCCGAUCCCUGAACGCAGCUCGGAAGUGUAUGACCCUGAGAAGGGCAGCAAGAAGCACACGCUGUUCGCUGGUACUCGCGUCUUGUCUUCGGGUCGCAAUGAGGAGAUUCUGGCGAUUGUACAGACAACUGGUGCGCAUACGACGAAGGGUCAGUUGAUUCAAUCGAUCCUGUUCCCGAUCCCGAUGCGAUUCAAGUACAACGAGCACCUGAAGGUCUUGAUCGGCCUUCUUCUCGUCUACGCUGUCAUCGCGUGUAUUCUUGUGAUCAACUUCUUGUUGAGCAACGGCAAGUUGAGCAACCGUUAUGCCGCAUUCUGCUACGCCAUCUUUGUUCUGUCGUGCGUCAUCAGUCCACUCCUCCCCGUUGUCAUCACGGUUGGCCAGGUGAACGCCUCCCAGCGUCUCGAAAAGCUCGGCGUUUUCUCACUCAAUGUCCAACGUAUCACUCUCGCCGGUAAGGUGCGCAUUUUCUGCUUCGACAAGACCGGCACCCUCACCAAGCAGGGACUCGACUUCCUCGGCGUUCAACCGGUUAGGGACGGCCUCUUCACCCCCAUUGUCAACGAUGUGAAGGACGCAUCGUCGUCUGAAGAUCUUCUGUACGCCCUGACGACGUGCCACUCGGUCGGCUCUCUCGAAGACCGUCUCGUGGGUAACGAAGUGGAGGUGCGCAUGUUUACGGCCACGGGUUGGGAGCUGGUCGAGAAGGAAGGAGAACAGCCGUAUGUGAGGUCGAAGGUGGACCCGGGACUGGAACUGGAGUUCGUCAAGCGCUACGACUUCGACCACCACCGCAUGUCCAUGAGCGUCGUGGUGCGCAACCGCAAGAGUGGCAAGUACUAUGUGUUCUGCAAGGGGUCGUACGAGCGCAUGCAACAGCUGAGCACACCUGGCAGUGUGCCGGCGGACUACAAGAGCGUGGCCGACCGUCUCGCCAAGGACGGAUGCUACGUUUUGGGUCUGUCGUACCGCGAGCUGCCGAGCGACUGGACGCAUGAGCAAGUUGUCGAGUUUGCCAACGACCGCGAGGCUGUGGACGAGAGUCUGUCGCUGCUGGGUCUCAUUCUGUUCCGUAACGAGCUCAAGGACGACACGGCCGACGCCAUCGCCAAGCUCAAGGCCGGCGACAUUCGCACCGUCAUGAUCACGGGUGACAACGCCAUGUGCGGCUGCUACAUUGCUCGCCAGAGCGGCAUGGUGUCGUCGAGCUCUCGUGUGAUUUUGGGUGAGAUGGUGUCAACGACUGAGUUCAAGAAGUUGGUGUGGCGCGACGUGGACUCGGAGGAAGAGUACGACCUGCCUGCGGUGAAGAGUUUGGUCGAACGGGGCGAGGACGUGGAGCUGGCCGUCACGGGUGUGGCGUUCGACUACCUGGUGUCCAUGGGCGAGAUCAAGGGGUUGUUACUGCACAUCCGCAUCUACAGUCGCAUGACACCCGACGGCAAGGUGGAGUGUGUGAAGCUGCACAUGGAGACAGGAGCAGUGACUGGUAUGUGCGGCGACGGUGGCAACGACUGUGGUGCUCUUCGUUUCGCGCACUGCGGUGUGGCUCUAAGUGACGCUGAAGCUUCAGUUGUGUCGCCGUUCACGAGCAAGUCGAAGACGAUCCAGUCGUUCCUCAUCAUGUACGGCCUCAUCGGUUCGGUGCUUCGGUUGUUCAUGUAUUACCAUGCCAUCAAUCUUUCACAGUGGUGCUGGAUCUUGGUCGAGGGUUUCAUGCUGGUUGGAUGUUCAUACGUCAUCACGUUGUCCAAGCCACUGGAUGAACUGAAGGAUAUGCGACCGACGUCGAGCCUGAUUGGACCUACCACGCUGUCCUCUAUCCUCGGACAGGAGGUGAUCAACAUCAUCUACUUGUGUUUCAGCAUCCAUCUGCUCUCAAGUCAAAUCUGGUACUGCCCCUUUUCCCCAGACAAUGUGGAUGUUGCUAAGUGGUGGCUCAUGUCGGAUAACCACCUGGCCACGACGCUGUUCUUCUCGGUUAUUUUCCAGCAGCACAUUGGAGCAUGGGUCUUCAGCUUCGGCUCGACGUACCGCCAACCCAUCUGGAAAAACUAUUUGCUCAUCGCGUUCUUCGCGGCGGUCGGAGCGCUCGACCUGUACAUGCUUCUGGGUGAGCCGAGUAUCGUCACCGAUCGCUUCCGCAUCUCGAGCGGCACGAACGUCGUUGGACUGCCGGACAUUCCAAUGCCCAUGAGCUUCCGCCUCAAGUUGUUCGCCAUGCUCCUCGGCAACGUCUUCACGUGCAUCCUGUUCGAGUACUUCGUGGUACUCGGUCCUGUCCGCUCGUACUUCCGCAACAAGUACCAUAAGGACCUGAUCCCGAUGAAGAAGUAA